AUGGAUCCCGUGUAUGCGAAUGACACGUCCGGCUGCACAGCUGUGGCCGCGCUCAUUGUGCCGGAACCAGGAUCGAAGGGUAGGCGCAUGUACGUGGCCAACGCAGGCGACUCGCGUUGCGUGCUGGGGCUUGCUGGCAAGGCCAAGCCUAUGAGCCACGAUCAUAAGCCAGGAAAUGCAGAAGAGCAUGCGCGUAUUUUGAACGCGGGUGGCUUUGUUGAGUUUGAUCGUGUGAACGGCAACUUGGCACUGAGCCGCGCUAUUGGCGAUUUCGAGUUCAAGCAAAAUGCAUCGCUGCCGCCCGAGAAGCAGAUUGUUACAGCCGAUCCCGAAGUUUUGUCGCACUCAUGGACAGGUGAGGAAGAGUUCCUUGUGCUCGCAUGUGACGGUAUUUGGGACUGUCUCUCGAAUCAACAGGUUAUCGAUAUUGUCCGAAGAGGAAUUGCGGAAGGCAAAGCGCUUGAUGUGAUUACGGAAGAAUUGAUCGACCGAUGUCUAGCACCUGACGCCGAAGUCGGUGGCAUCGGCUGCGACAACAUGACCCUGCUGAUUGUUGCAUUGCUAGGUGAUCGGACAAAGGAGGAGUGGUAUCAAUGGGUCAAAUCGCGUGUCGACGACAAAGUAGGCCAUGAAACACCAGAGUCUGUACCGCCUGUGUUUCGAUCACACGGGCAGCAACAACACCAGGCGUCGUCGACCAUGCUAGGCGGUGCCGCUGCUAAUGCCCAGCACAAUGUAACCAUGUCUCUGAAUGGACUGAGUGGAAGCGAUAUUCUUUCUGCGAUUCCACGAGUUCUCUCCGGUCAAGCUGCCCACGAAGACUUUGAUAUCCAGAAUGCUGACGACAACGACGACCAUGGCCGCAUCGUGUCAGCCGAUGAAGACGAGGCUCCUUCUAAACAGUAA